AUGUCGUUCUCAGUAUCAUUAUUGGGUAAAUUACUUAUUGCCGUUUACGUUACAUAUGAUACAGCGUUAGUACGUCACGUUUCCAUUUUCUAUACUGCACGUACUUCUCAGAUUUUUACCGAUUUAGGGACAUCUUUACUGUCACUGCUUCUGGCUGGUUAUUUGGCUCGAAAAUAUGGACUACCUCCUCCAGCACCUAAAAUUGCUGCUAUCGAUUUGGGCACAACAUUUUCAUCAAUAGGCAUAUAUCAAGCUGUCACUGGGAUAACAGAUAUAAUCGCUGAUGAGACGGGACGGCAAAGUAUACCAAGUGUUGUUGCAUUUUUGCCAAAUGGUACAGUAAUAGUGGGUUCAAAAGCUGUUGAACAACAAGAACACAAUCCUCAACGAACAAUAUAUGAUGCCAAACGUUUCAUUGGCAGAAAAUUGUCUGAAGACGACCCACAAUUUCAGGUUGACAGGAAGCGAUAUCCGUUUAAAAUUGAGUUAGACAUGGAAGGGCGAGUGCUUUUUGUCAUACCACUGCAAAAUAAUGUUAUUAAGAAAAUAAGACCGGAAGAAGUUGCUGAAUUUGAUGAAGAGCAACGGAAUGCUACUUCAUUAGCUGUUGAAAAAGCCGGAAUGGAAAGUCGUCGUGUAAUUAGUGAGCCAACCGCAGCUGCCCUUGCUUAUGGUUUACAUAAGAAAAAAGACGUUCAGUACAUUGUUGUAGUUGAUUUAGGCGGAGGUACAUUAGAUGUUUCGAUACUGUGGUUGCAAGGAGGCAUAUUUAUGACAGUGGCAAUGGCUGGCAACAAUAGGCUUGGUGGCCAAGAUUUUAAUAAUCGUGUCCAAAGUCAUUUGAUGCAGUACAUAGAAGAGAAGUACGGCAAGGCGCUUGAUGACCAAGAAGAUAUCCAACAGUUGCGCCUUGCAAUUGAAGCUGCAAAAAUUCAACUUACUACACUUCCUGCCACAAAUAUCGAUUUAAAUUUGCGGUCAAUUGGAAAGAUGAUUUAUAGACUUACACGUGACAACUUCGAAUUUUUGAAUGAAGAUUUGUUUGAAAGUAUCACAGAACCAAUAGAAGCAGCUUUAAAUGACGCUGAAAUAAAGGCAUCCGAUAUCGAUGAAAUUGUACUGGUGGGUGGUUCAACUCGCAUACCACGUGUUCGUUCCGUUGUUGGUCGUUACUUUGGAAAGGCAGCAAAUCAUGGUGUUGAUCCUGAAUUAGCGGUUGUGACUGGUGCCGCCGUACAAGCAGGUGUUAUCGGUGGUGGUUGGCCUCUUCAGGUAUCCGCUAUAGAAUUACCAGUUAAACGCAGGAAGCAUCAUAUUUUCACAGGACAGAAGAAAUCAAUCCAUUAA